AUGUCCGAAAAAGUUCACCCACCUCUGGGCAUCCAUUCACGUUGGAGACAGUUCCGACAUCCCAGUGGGAGAAGAAUACACAUCGCUGCAACACCGGAAGAACACGAAAGACUGAAACAAGAGUUGACAAAAUCUGAGCCGGAUCUUGAAUUUGAUCUUUGCAUUCGGGGCUCCCCUGAACAUGUACAAAUGAUACGAGAAUUGAAAGCCCACCACGAAAAUCGACGAGAGAGCAUCCGAGAAAAUCAUUCAGAUAUUUACAAUGACUUUGAACACAUCCAAAACGAGUUGACUGCCAUCGCCGCGGAGUUGGACUCUCUCACUGAUCACCAUGUCACUCUUGACGCCAACUUCUCCAAGUUCGGAUACAGUGCCCACUUGAGAACUUUGGAUCUCAAAGAUCAGCCUGCAUUGAGUUCCGGAGCAUCUUCAUUCAGCGAUGUAUCAGAGGCGUUCAAGCAGGCCGGUAUGAAUAUGAAGUUCUGGAAAAGACCUGUCGUCCGACAAUACUUCCACAAAGGUUUGCUGUGGCGCUCCAAAGCGAGUGGAGAGGUUGCUUCCUUCGAGCUAUUCAUCGAUCUGCUGUACGUUGGCGUCAUUGAAGCGAUUGGACAUACAGCCAGCGAACAUGCCACUAGCUCAGCGCUACUUCACUAUCUCAUUACAUAUACGAUGAGCGCCAAGAUGUGGGUGGACAUCACGAAUAUGACGAAUUGGUUUGAGACGGGAGAUAUCAUGCAACGUCUCUCCAUUUUGUUCUUCCUUCUAUGUCUCCUCGGAUUCACGGUCAAUAUAGCAAACGCUUUCGACACAACGUAUACGGCCACGGUUUCUUUCUACCUCGGGGCACGGCUUCUCCAGGGUGUUUACUUCGCUUGGGUCGCCAUUUGGGUGCCGACAGUGAGAGGACCCAUGAUCUGCCAGAGUAUUUUAGUUUUCGUCAUCGCGGCAGUAUGGGUUGGAUCCAUUCAUGUAAUGUAUCCGUCACGGCUUGGUUUAAUGAUUCCAGCAGUUUUGUUCGAUUUGUUUGGCAGCAUGUGCAUUGCAUUGGUCAUGCGCACUUUUCAAAAAUUCAACGUCUCCGAAGCCAAGACUCGGUCUUCGCAAUUCAUGAAGCAACUUUCAACACACUUUGAAUUCUAUCCUGCCUUCAAUAUCGAGCAUCGAGUGGAGAGGAAUAAUACAUUCAUUGCGUUAGUCUUCGGAUACUCUAUCCUUGCCAUCCUCUACCAGAAUCGUUUUUCGGUAUUUGCAUCGAAUGCCAUCUUCGGAAAGGCGUGUCUUUCGCUCAUUCAAGCAUUCUGCUUUAACUGGAUGUACUUCGAAAUUGAUUUGCUCAAUUUGAACGUCCACGCUAUUCGGAGACAUUAUGUGUCGGCAUGGGUAUGGAUAUUCGGCCACCUGCCAUUCAUCAUGGGCUACACCCUCUCAGCGACCGCGAUGUCAAAGAUUGUACUCGCACACGAUGUAUCGCAUGCGGACGACGGAUCGUUGGAGAAGCCGUAUAACGAGGAGUCAGAGGAAUAUGUUGCAACAGGUCUUCGAUGGUUUUACUGUGGAGGAUUAUGCGUGGCGUUGAUAUUCUCUUGCAUCAUAUCUCUAUCUCACAUCUACCAUGUCAAAGGAGAUGCUCGUCUAACCCGGGAAGCUCGACUAAUAUUCCGUUCUGGAGCCGCAGUAUCAAUUCUCAUGCUUCCGCUCGUUCCAAAGGAGAGACUACAAUCUCUCGCGCUGGUUGGAAUCACAUGUUCCAUCGUCAUUGCCUGUCUGAUUGUUGAUCUUUACGGGCUUUCAAGUAAAGAUAGAGACUUCUGGGUUGGAGGAUUCUCACAGAAGGAAAAACAAAACAUCAAGUACAAAGCUCACUGCAAACUUGAUGAGGAGGACAAGAUCCAGAUCACGGAGAACCUCGAGAAGGGCCACAAGACAACGAUCAAAGACAUACUCAGAAAGUCUUCCAAGGCAAAGUCGAGCGGUAAGACCACCCAUUGGACUGAUCACCAUAAUGCAGACACACAUCUUGCCGCCUAG